CUUCUUCUUCAAUAAUUUAGUAAUCUUCAACAUUUCGUAGUUGGUCUUAGACACUUCUUUCCUCCUGGCAAUACGUUUGAAUUACUAACCAAGUGUCGCAAGAAAUCAUAAAUCGGACCGGAAGUGCAAAUUGAAGGGAAGUUUGCAUUUUUUCUAUAUUUUUUUGGUACAAGGUAAAUUAUUUUUAGGUUUUGGUGGUAUAACAUUCUGCCUUUGUGGAAGUUUUGAAGGGGCCGAACUAAUUUCUAUCUCUGUUGAUUUUCGUCCUAAAUUAUUAAUAAUCUUUUUCUUCUUCCUUUAAUUACAAGUUGCAUCAAUUUGGUCCAUUACGACGCCUGGCUUUUUUCAGCCUAACGUAUCGUAGAAUGUCGACCCAAACGAGAAUCCGAACGGUCGAUUCGUCUUUAAUCAAAUUUCGCAAGCCGGAAGACUCAAAUGAACAUCCAUUCGAUAAGGCUAGACUCCUUAUCGAACCUUCAGAUACUUUGAGUGCUUUGCAAGAAGCUGCGGAGCUUUUGAAAAACACAAAUGAGCCUGUAGCUUUUCCUACCGAAACGGUGUACGGAUUGGGAGCUGAUGCAAGAAAAACUGAUGCUGCCUAUUCAAUCUACAGGACUAAAAAUCGUCCUGCAGAUAACCCCUUAAUCGUGCAUAUUGCUUCUCUGGAUCAACUUCGUAGGCUUAUUUCAAAGAGCCAACCUCUGAAAUCAAAAGAUAUAGGAUCACCAAAUGAAUCUUUAAUCCCACAGGUCUACCAGCCAUUAAUCGAUCGGUUCUGGCCUGGGCCUCUUUCUAUACUUCUUCCUAUUGAAAACCAUGAGCAUCCACCAGUCUCGCCGAUAGUCACAGUAAACCAACCUACUUUUGCUGUUAGGAUGCCGCAACAUCCAGUUGCUCUUGCUUUAAUAGCUCUUUCUGAUGUUCCUUUAGCCGCUCCGUCGGCAAACGCUUCUACCCGGCCUUCACCUACCCAGGCUAAACACGUAUAUAAUGACUUGCAAGGGAAGAUACCUUUGAUAUUAGAUGGCGGACCUUGUGGUGUUGGACUUGAAAGUACUGUCGUUAAUGGUCUUUGUGAUCCGCCUGUUGUUUUACGUCCAGGUGGUGUCAGUCUCGAACAGAUUCAAAAUUGUGGAGGGGUCUGGGUGAACACUCAAGUUUAUAAACCUACAUCCGUAAAUACAGAAAAAAAUUAUAUUCCACAGACACCCGGUAUGAAAUAUCGACACUAUUCCCCUACUGCAAAAGUUAUGUUAUUCUCAGGUUACAAAGAAUGCGAAGCAAUGGAUUGUUUGUAUGAUCAGUUAAAGAAACAAAAUAUGGAUAAAGAUGAAGCCAGAAUUGGGGUUUUAUGUAGCAAAAAAUGGAAAAGGGGUGUUUUUGGGGAAUUCAGCAAUCUGACUUUCCUUGAUUUAGGAGAAGAGGGUUCGGAAAUAACAAAAAAUUUGUUCGCCCAUUUACGCGAACUAGACUUAAAGGGUGUGGAUUUUGUUUUAGUUGAAGGCGUUGCUGAAGACAAUGAGGGGUUGGCUAUAAUGAACCGUCUUUCCAAAGCUGCGUCUAUGGUUUUUACUAAAGAUUUUUUGAAUUAGUCCCAUUAAUAAUACAGUUGACAUAUAUAUUAAAGCUUAGUUUGUUUGUAAAUAAUAUUAAAUGAAAGGUAACUUUAACAGG